AUGUCUGACUUUGAUAUUGAGGUGGUGUUUCACCAUAGGGGUAAGUUUUUGAAUGAUGGGUCAUUUAGAUACCAUGGAGGUGAUACCAGUACCUUGGUCGUUGACAUAGACAGAUGGAGUUAUUUUGAAAUCUUGGCCAUACUGAGGGAGAUGAGAUAUAUAAAUGUUAAGGAGUUGUGGUAUUCCCUAGGUGGUUGUGUAUUAGAAGAUAGGUUGGAAUUGUUAAGUGAUGACAUAAGAGCAAUGCAUAUCGUGAGCAUUGCGUUAUUGAAUGGUAAAGCUCAUUUGUUUGUGGUUCACAUGGUGUCCGAACUUGAUUAUAUUAAUAUGUUGCAAUAUGACGUUGCUGAACAAGGUGAGGAUGGUGAAGAUAGUGAAGGUCAAGGUGAAGGUGGUGAAGAUAGUGAAGUUGGUGAAGUUGGAGAAGAUGGUGAAGGUGCUGAUGAUGGUGAAGUUGGAGAUGUUGGUGAUGAUGGUCAUUGGACAGAAGAUGGUUUAUUUGUAGAAGUUGGUGAAGAUGGUCAAGGUGCUGAUGAUGGUGAAGUUGGUGAAGUUGGAGAUGUUGGUGAAGUUGGAGAAGAGGGUGAAGGUGGUGAUGAUGGUGAAGUUGGUCAAGUUGGAGAUGUUGUUGAAGUUGGAGAAGAUGGUGAAGGUGCUGAUGAUGGUGAAGUUGGUCAAGUUGGAGAUGUUGGUGAAGUUGGAGAAGAGGGUAAAGGUGUUAAUGAUGGUGAAGUUGGUCAAGUUGGAGAAGAUGGUGAAGGUGUUGAUGAUGUUGGAGAAGUUGGUGAAAUUGGAGAAGAUGGUGAAGGUGCUGAAGAUGCUGAAGUUGGAGAUGUUAGUGAAGUUGGCCAUGAGACAAAAGGUGUUGAAGAUAUGCAGGAGGAGUUUGAUGUUAGUAGUUGGAUAAGGUCUGAUGAAGAGGCUUUUGUUAGUGAAGAUGAAUUUGUGGAUGUUGGUGUGCAUGAUGAUGAACAACUUGAACAACAAGAUUGUGAAGGUAGUGUGUUUGUUGAAAUGGGUACAGGAAAUGGAUGCACUACCUCAAAUUGGUCAGGUCUACAAGUUUUUGAGAUCAACCAUGCUUGCAAUAUUGUUGAAAAGUUUGUGGUUGAUGUAGACAAAAGAGAUUGUAGCUGCAGGAAGUGGACUGUAACAGGAAUACCUUGUUGUGAUGCACUCACAGCCAUGAGGUUUUUAAACAUCAAUCCAGAAGACUACAUCCCAAAUUGGUUUAGAACCUCUACUUAUGAAGAAACUUACAUUGCAUUAAUUUUCCAUAUGAAUGGACCUGAACAAUGGCAAAAGACUUCAUAUGCUAAUGUUUUGCCUCCUCCGAAUAGGGUGUAUCCAGGUAGACCAAGGAAAAAUGGAAGACUGGAGAGUUGGGAGCAAAAAAGGGAUGAUACACAACUUAGACAAACCGGAAUCCCAAAGAGAUGUGGCAUUUGUAGACAACUAGGGCAUAAAAUAACUAAUUGCCCUCAAGCACAGCACCAGCAAGCUACAACACACUCCACUCAACCAAGUGAACAACAAGACCACGAAGCUACACCACUACCCACUCAAGCAAGUCAGAUUACUCAAGAACCCCAGACCGAUCACACUACAACAACACUUUAA